GGGAGCCAAGAGUGGAAAACAUAAACACUAGGCAGCCAUAUGCGAUUUACCCAAAUGUAAAACGAAGCCUGGGCGGGAAAGCUCGAUGCGAGCCCUAGCGCUCCAGUCUCCCCUCAUCCUUGGACGAGACACAGGCACCACAGACCGAGAGACAGAGAGAGAGAUGAAGUUCGCAGUGAAAGCAUGGAGCGAAGGGAGAGCUCGGGCAGGGGUACUUCAGUUGGGCAGUUGUCCCUUCGCAGUAGAGACCCCUGCCCUUCUCCUUUCAACCCGCAAAGGCUUGCCCGUUUUCCUUUCUCCUGACCUCCUUCCCUCUCUUCCUUCCCCAGAUUCUCAACUCCUCCAACUAAGCCCCCUUCAUUUCUUAGAAGGCCCUUCACUGAAAACGAUAUCAAAUAUUGGAGGACUUCACCAGAUGCUUGGUUUGUCUGAGUAUGUACUGGCAGCUGUCCCUAGGGACUCUAUUGUAUGUCUUCCUGAAUGUGAUAGCACUAACAAGAUUGGAGCAUCUUUUGAGACUACCUGUGGUCGUCGCUUGGUAAGGCCUGCAGAGUACAUGGAAAUGAUUUCUUCCAUGAAGCCGAACCUAUGGGUCACUUUGGCUGAUGAAGUGCCUGGAUGGGUUCCUGAGAAGAGGAACAAGACCUCAGUGGAUCGUACCGUGAGGUGGCUUGAUGAGUGCAUCAUGUUAAGUCCAGCAGGUGGAACUAUUUUUGGAGCCAUUGUUGGAGGGUCCAAUGUGGAAGAACGGCAACGUUGUGCAAAAGAAGUAGUGAGGCGAAAAGUAUCAGGCUAUUGGAUUGGAGGUUUUGGGCUCGGAGAGAGCAUGGAUGAGCGCCCAGCUCUCCUUGGUGCUGUUAUUGAUAACUUACCAGGAGAACAGCCACGCCAGAUUUGUGGUCUUGAACUUCCUGAGGAGGUCUUACAGGGCGUUGCUGCAGGCAUUGAUCUCUUUGACUCAACGUAUAUUUAUCAUCUUACACUUGGGGGCUUUGCACUUAUUUUUCCAUUGGAAAGAAUUGAGGGAGAACUUCCUAACUCUCAACUAAGUAAUGUAGGAAGUGACCAUACAAAGAUUAAUCUGAGAGCUAUGGUUUACAGGAAAGAUGCAACUCCAAUCGUUGACAGCUGUAGCUGCUAUACUUGUAAGAAUCAUACAAAAGCAUAUAUCAAUCAUCUGCUCAAUGUUCAUGAAAUGCUGGCCCAGAUUCUUCUUGAAAUACAUAACACUCACCAUUAUCUGGGGUUCUUCCGCAAAAUAAGAGAAGCAAUCAAACAAGGGAAGUUUGAGCAAUUUCGGCAGGCCUUCAUUGAACAUAGGCGUGAUCAUCUUGCUGUGGCUACUGUGUGUGGAUGAAUCAGGCUGAUCUUCACAAAAGCUGUACUUUUUGUUUUGGCGAGCUGUUAUGCUGUUUAAUUUAAUCUAUUUAACGGUUUGUCUAGUAGUGUCAUUUUAAUGUAAGUUUUACAAAAUGACAGUUGAAGGACACUUAUUAGAUAAGGAUUGCAUGCCGUUUGAUGUACACUAGAUUGGCAUGCACUUCUGCUUAAGAUUUUGCUCCCCACCCCAAUAGUUUGUUUCCACUCAUUAUUAUUUAGUUGGUUCUUGGAAGGAAAGAGGAGAGGGGGGGUGGGGGGGAUGACGAGGGGCUGUGUAGAGUUUUCCGGAGUUCUUUUAAUUUGUCAUGUACUAUAUGAAUAAUCAAUAUGUUAUGCAUGGUGGCAUUGCCAAUUUGCA